AUGUUUCCACCUUAUAGCUCGUUCUGUACGACUUCACAAUGCUUUAGUCAUUCUUAUAGAGUCUCUGGCCUAAGCACCAAUUUUUUACGCAUUCAUGAAGUGGGAAUCAGUAGGCAAAAUUCCCUCCGAAAUAAAGGAUCUUUACACGAUACCGGUCGGAAACCACGUGGAAGUGGUAUCGUCAUACUACUACUGGCGGUAAUUUCUAGUGGAGGUGCUGCAUAUUACUGGUAUUUCGAAAACGGAAAGAAAAAAAGUGGACACAUGACGGAUUUUUUUCUCAAAACAGCCGCAGUACCGGCACCGACAUCUAAGAUUCUUGAAGAAGCAGUAAGCCUGGAAAAAAAACCCAUAUCCCAAACAAUACAGCAUGGAACCAUAGAAGAGAUGUUAAAGACAUCUUUGCAGUCUGCUACUGAAAAAGUACAUUCAGCAACAGAAGCAAAAUAUAAAACGGUCGAUGUUAUAAAUGAACAUACGCGUGUGAUGAAACAAACAAUUGAUGAAGGCGAAGAAGGAGAUUGGACGCGAGUGACAAGUGCGCUCCAAAAAGUUGACAGAGCUGCUAAUAAUGACACUAGAGAAGAGAAUGAUGCUAGAAAUUAUUUGGAUAGUGUCAGGAAGAUAAUCGAACAAGGAGAAGCAGCGGAACCGACUCGCAGUAAUCCUUUAUUACAAAAUGCUCGUGAGACUAUUAGUAGGCUUGAUCGACAACUUGAUGAAAUGAAUUUAUUAAUCAGAAAAACUCGUAAUGAAGGACGUAUUCUCAAUGAAUACAAAGAAUUGAUUGAUAAGAGCCGGAAGCAGUUUGCAUCUGAGUUGAAAUCAGUUCUUCCAAAUGUUGAUAUCCAUGCGCAAGAUUCUAAAUUGAACGAAGAAGAAUUGAAUGCAUUAAUUGCACAUGCACAUUUAAAAGUGGAUCAGUUAAGGAAACAACUUGCGGAACAGCAAGUUCGCGAAGAGCAGAAUAUCGCAUGUGCUUUAGAAGAACAAAGAAAAUCCCAAAGUAGACUAACCGAGGAAGAAAUAAAUCUAAAGAUACAAGCAGCCCGUGAAGAAAUCCAGUUAGAAGCUGAGAAAGUGCUUUCAAUGCAACGAGAACAGUGGGAAGCUGAACUUGAAGAGAAACUGCAAAAAGCAGCUGCUGCUCAUUCUGAUCAUAUUGAAGAAGUUGUACGUGUGCAAAGAAAUCUUUUUGAAAUUGAAGAGAAGCAGAAGAUUGAAGAAGCUAUUAUCGAAUGGCGUUCUGAACUUAGUAAGGAAUUAGCAGCUGCACAGGGUAAGCUAGAGGGCAUUGAAGCUGCUUUGAAAUCACGAACUUCACAGGAUGUCGAAAAUCGUCGUGCUAAGCAAAUAUGGAUAGCUGCUCAUAAUUUGAUCGAUUCUGUGAUAAAUGGAGAAAGAAGUGGUACUAAUGAUGAUGCACGCCGUAAACCAUUAGCAACUGAACUUCAAAUGAUUCGAGAAGCUGACUGUAAUGAUGAAUUUGUGGCGUGUCUAGUUAAUGCACUUCCAGAUGAAACAAUAUAUAAUGGUGUUUAUACUGAAGAAGAUUUGAAGGCAAGAUUCACUAAGCUAUAUAAAAUUUGUCGCCGAGUGGCCAAAAUGGAUGAAAGCAAUGUUGGGGUAUUCCAGUACGGUUUAUCAUACUUGCAGAAUGCGAUGUCUUUCGAUCCUCCUGGGAAAUUUCCGAAAAUGGCAAAAUUUGAUCCGAUGACAUUGGAUUCAUAUGAAGUACUGUCAAGAGCAAAAAGUUUUGUAGCAGAAGGGGAUUUGAAUUCGGCGGUACGGAUUUUACAGCUUUUGACGGGCCCAGCAAGGUUUGUAGCACGUAGCUGGAUAAAUGAUGUUCGAACACAUUUGGAAGCACGUUUUAUUGCUGAAUUACUUCUUGCACAUGCUGCUGUCAAUAAUUAUUCAUCUGUAUAUUAA